AUGCUCAAGAUCAAAAAUAUUUUUAAAAAAAAGACUCAACAACCUGAACAACAACAAGAAAAUCAUGAUACCAAUACUCCCAAUUCUACUGGGGAACACGGGAAACAGAAAAAAUCGAAGCCUUUAGCCUUUCCUUCUAGCAAUACUACUAAUAAUGCCACCACUGCAACUGAUGAUAAAGGAGGGCCUCGUAACAGUAUUUUUUUAGAAAAAUGCUUGUCUCCUUCAUCUUUGCAACAAUCACCCAUUAAUACUGCUAAUAAAACUAUCGAAGAGCAAGAGGCAAUACAAAAAUCCUAUGAUACAAAGAUUGUCUCCCAUAUAUCAAAUGUUUCAUAUAGUACUAGUUCAAGCACUUCUUCAACUUCAUCGAUUCAAAAUAUAACUGUACCACAACAUACCCAUCUACACACAGAUGUAUACCACAAUUUAAACCAAGAUUAUAACGAAAACAGUGCUGAUGAUAACACUACCGAUAAUCGUACGCAUAAUGACAACUUAUCUUCCUCAUUAUCACUGAAUGACGGUUCGUUAACUACAGUCGAUAGUGUGUCUAGUAGCGUUGAAGAAACCUCUCUGUCAGACGAUAUUAGCAGCGAUGAAAUGUUGGAGGCUGCUCCACAAGUAAAAUUUGCUGAGCAAUUAGAAAUUACCAAUUACAGACUACUAAAUAAGAUUGGAGAGGGUGCAUUUUCUAAAGUAUUUGAUGCCAAAAAGGUUGUUUUUCCCACUAAUAACGGUACCCCUAACAACAACACAAGCUUAAAAAAAUGUGUGGCUAUUAAAAUUUUAAAUAAGACGCAAUUAUCAGAUACUCAUAAGAACAGUAACAUUCAAAAUGCUGCCAAAACAAGCACAAGACAACAGGUUUUAAAAGAAGUAGCUAUACACAAGUUAGUGUCCUCCUCCCCCUAUGUGGUACAAUUUAUAGAAUUCCAAGAAAGUCCCAAGUAUUAUUAUAUUGUGCAGGAGCUAUUGCCCGGUGGAGAAAUAUUUGGAGAAAUUGUUAGGUUGACAUAUUUUAGUGAGGAUUUAUCAAGACAUGUGGUCCGCCAGUUGGCCUAUGCCAUCAAACACCUGCAUUCACUGGGUGUAGUCCAUAGAGACAUCAAACCUGAAAAUUUGUUAUUUAUUCCAAUAGAUUAUAUACCAACAGUUCCACCCAAUAAACGGAAAUUAAGGAAAAGUGAUGAUCCAACGACCAAAGAAGAUGAAGGUAUUUUUAUUAAGAACGUAGGCGGGGGUGGAAUUGGUAGAGUCAAGCUAGCUGAUUUUGGGUUAUCUAAACAAAUCAAUUAUACAAAUACCAAAACACCGUGUGGUACUGUUGGGUAUACUGCACCAGAAGUGGUCAAGGACCAGAAAUAUAGUAUGGAGGUUGACAUGUGGGGGAUAGGGUGUGUAUUGUACACUGUAUUGUGUGGAUUUCCGCCAUUUUAUGACGAAAAAGUUGAUAUCUUGACUGAAAAGAUAAGCAAGGGACAUUAUACGUUCUUAGAACCUUGGUGGGACGAAAUUAGCGAGGGUGCUAAACAUUGUGUUUCCAGAUUAUUAGAAGUUGAUCCAUACAAGAGAUAUACGAUUGAGGAUUUAUUGAAUGAUCAAUGGUUCAUGUCGUGCGAUGCAGAUCGAGAGAAAAAUAUUAAUGCUGGUAACACCGCGGGUAAUAGUAAAACUAGUAAGAGAAGAAGUAACAGGAACAAAAAAUACAUGGAUUUAUUAUAUUCGCCAGCAGCUGUUGCCAUGAGGGAUGCGUUUGAUAUAAGUAAUGCUGUUCAGAGAAAAGUGGAAGAUGAAGAUAUCAACCAAAAUGGGAAUAGCAGAUCAACAUUUGCUGCUGCGAUCUCCUUGGGUGCUUUACAAGAAGGUGAGGUAAUGGAUAAUGCAACCCAUGCUAAUAGUACUAAUAAGAAUGGCAACAGUAUAGAAAAUCAGUUUUUUCAAUUAAAAUUGAACUCUUCAACUAUAUUGAAGAGAAGAAAGGAAAAAAAUGCAGGUGAUGAGAUUGCUGCUGCAGUUUCUAUGCCACCUACUAUAAAGGAAUAG